GCUUUUCAGGUUUUCAAAAAAGUUGACAAGCCUUUUUAUUCCAGAAUAUAUUUAUAUUUUUUAUCUGAAAAAAUAAUGGAUUGCAAAAGAAGCCUUUGCUCCCCGCUGAAGAAGAACCAAGUAGUUCAGCGCAGCCUGGAUUUGCGACUUCGAGGCGCCCAGGCACGGUCUUACCUCAAGGUAUGCUGUGCUAAUUUGAUUGUUCUUUUGCUGCUGCUUUUGGACAACUGGACUAUGGGUUAUAUCUGCGACCAGUUUUACUGUUACCCUUACUGGCGGUACACCGUGGUGUACUCCAUCGCCACCGUGAUGGCUCUGAGUGCCCUGGCCUGUUUCGGCAAGUACUUGUGGUUGAUCUGUGGCGAUGAGCAGGUGAUCGGAACGGAGAGACAGAAGUGUCUGCUGGACUGCGGAUAUGAAAGCCCCUUUGGAACAGUUUAUACACGUCCCGUAUCAAAAGCACGGAAAAGUAUACCGGAAAUCGAUUGCGAUGACAGGCCCAUGGUCAAUUGGCACUCCUCCCAUUCGGAUUCUUGUUGGUGGCCUAAGAAGACUGGCUUUACCAAGAAGAUCUAUCCGAAGCCAUCCAGUAUAGCACCAUGUGAGGAGGUUUGCCGGGAUGAUUUUAUCACCGAUAUCCGGAGGUUGCCCGCUUUAAUGAGGCGCGCCAGAAGAGAACGCAGCGCUGCAGAAGACUCGAAGGCAGAUGUAAUACGGAACUGCUUCAAAUACCAACUCUUUCAAAAGAAGAACCCCUACCAAUUUAUUCCGCUACCGGCCGAAGACUCUAGUGACACAAAAGAUUGUAAAGUCAGCAACUCGAAGGACAUCUCCCCAAACAAGAUGUUGCAAUAUGUGUCCAACCUGAGGUAUUGGAUAUCAAUCACAAUAUUGCAUCGUUUGGUUACGGAGAUUGAAUAUAUGGAUGAGGUAUUUCAAGAACUCGGCUUUUACCACAUCAAGAUAGGGGCAAUAAGUCUGGAAAGGCUGAAAUUGAUAGCCGAGGACCGGUGCUUCGUAAGGACCUAUCUUCCCAUGCUGCCCAAGCUGCUGACCUUCCUGCAACCAUUCACAAACCAGGAGUACUUGGUGCAGCGCAUUAAAGAACUCGCAAGGGGCGACCACAUAGCCGCCUUCCAAUGGGGAAACACCAGGAAGGCGGACUAUGUUCAGGAUUGGCUCGACGACCUACCCACCGAUGCAGCCAUUGUGUUCCAUUUGUUUUGCGUUUACCUAGACAGCCAGUUGAUGCCAAUGCCACAGGAUGUCGGAUACAGACCUUUCUUCUCCCGUUUUGUAAUUAUUGGGGAUAAGAGGUCAAUCAAGGAGAACGUCGAGUCCAGGGUGAACAACAAGGCCAGCUGCGCCAUCAUGGCCACCAGUUACCUGGAUCAGCUUCCCAAGUUCAACUUCAUCAGCGACAAUAGGCUUCACGAUUGCGUUUACAACUGCAACAACCUGUUCUAUGUGAUCAUACAGUUUUUGACCUAUAUGAGGGAUAAGCAGGGAUCCGAGCUGGAGGGCGUUAGUCUGGGUAAAAGCGGCAUCAACAUUAUGUGUGUCAUCGAAAACUGAGCAUUUCUCAAAGUCCAGAAAUAGUUUCUGUCGCACAGAUAUUUACAGAUAUAUACAGAAACACAUUUUCUAAAUCCGUACUUAGGGUUUCUAGGUCUUAAAAAUACUUUCAACAAAUGGGAAAAGUUCAUGAUUUUUAUUCAAGUAAAUAAUAAAAAUAACCCUCAGUAUAAUCCCAAC